UGAAAGGGCUGUGAGGGGAUCGAAGCUUAUGUUAAAAAAAAAUGUGUUACAAAAAUUGGAGAAGGUAUUCAAACUGGAAAGACUGUAGUCUCUUAGUCUGUUCUAGAUGCAUAAACACAAAUCAUUAAUCCAUGCUCAUAAGCUGGAGGAGGGCAGAAAGCAGAAAUUGUAGUACUGGGGGCAGACUGAAAGUCAAGAGUGAAGGGGAGGAAAGGUAGAAAGGAGACCGUCACAGUCCGUUUAUAAUAUGGCUUAGGCCACAAGCAUCACUGUAAAAACACAAGAAAGUCGGAGGAGAAUGAAGGGUCCCGCUGAGUAUAAUUCCAGACAGUGUGUGUGAAGAGGACGGAGGUGAAAAAUUGGGGAUGGGAGACAUGCAAGCGGAAAACAUCAAACUGGGGACUGGAGGAAAAAAGGACGCAGGAAGGAUACUAGUCACCUACAAGUUUCGGGGACGACGAGGGAGGGUGGCGUGGGAAGCUGGAGCGUCGGGGCGUGGCCGGGGCGGCUGCGGGCCCAGGGGCUUGCGGACCGGGCGCGGGAGCCCGGGCUCGGGUCGGGGGUAGGUUGCGGGGCGGAGGGGGAGGUGUGCACUGUGUUUGGUGAUGUCAUUGCAAGUCAGUGAGCGGUGAAAUUUAACACCGGCCGGAUUUGCUGCGCUCCUCUUCUUCCAGGGGAAGCAGCCGGCGGCAGUCAAAGCUGAGCGCCUGCAGUUGCCACCGGCCCCCUCGCACCAACUAGAUCUCCGAAGUGGUACCUGCACCCUUAGCAGUUCGGAGUUGCCUUCUGUUUUCCGUUAGUGCUUCGCUGCAGGGACAAAUGCAUACAAAUGCAUUUAGGAGCCCACAGGACAAGGCGUGGAAAGGUCUCCCACACGGCAAAAACGAAACUGCUUCUUCAUUUUAUUGUGCUAUGUGUGGCAGACAGUGCUGUUCAUGCACAAGAACAAGGCAUAGAUAUUCUUCAUCAACUAGGCCUUGGAGACAAAGAUGUAAGACACUCAUCAUCAGUGACUGCUGUACCAUCAUCAUCUACACCAUUACCUCAGGGGGUCCAUUUAACAGAAUCAGGUGUCAUUUUAACAAAUGAUGCUUAUAUUGAGUCACCUCUCAUGAAAAUUUUACCAUUCAACUUAGAACAGCCAUUUACAAUAUUAAUUGGGUUACAGUCACAUAGAGUAAACAAUGCAUUUCUCUUCAGCAUUAGAAAUAAAAAUAGACUGCAAUUAGGAGUGCAAUUAUUACCUAAAAAAUUAGUAGUAUACCUUGGAGGAAAGCAGUCUGUGUUUUUCAACUACAGUGUUCAUGAUGAGCGAUGGCACUUCUUUGCCAUUACUAUUAGAAACCAAGUUGUUUCAAUGUCUGUUGAGUGUGGAAAGAAAUAUUUUAGCAGAGAGACUCUUUUGGAAGUCCAGACUUUUGAUUCUAACAGUGUGUUUACACUAGGAAGUAUGAAUAAUAAUUCUGUCCAUUUUGAAGGAGUAGUAUGUCAGUUGGAUAUUAUUCCUUCUGCAGAAGCAUCUGCAAACUAUUGUAGAUAUGUGAAACAUCGUUGUCACCCUGAGACAAACCAUCUUCAUACAACCAUCGUACCAGCUGAGAUACUGGAAAACUCUCCCUUGCCCAAACAAUUUGGUGAAAAAGUGCUGUCUGAGGACACAUUUACCAAAGGCAAAAACAUUCCAAAUAUCAUAAAUAAUGAUUCUGCAACAGUCCAUAAGCAACAAGAACACCAAAUAUCAAAAUCUCAAUUCAUUUCUCUUCAUUCAAGGAAUGUUUCUGCUGUGGAUCUUGUAAACCAUGGGAUUCAAGACAAAGAAAUGAUCACUGAGGAACAUACUCAGACAAAUUUAAGUCUGUCAAUGACCCAUCAUCUCAAAAAGGCGAAAACAAAUAGCAAGGAGAAAUUUAGUUCUUUUUCAAAUGUAUCUGACAAUGUCACACAACAUAAUGAUAAACUAACUGGUCUGUCACCAUUUAAGAAGAUAUCAUCUAUUCUUCCACAUAUAAAACAAGAAACAAUUACUAAUCUCAAGAAGGCUAUCACAGCAAAUCUACACACUAAUGAACUCAUGGAACUGCAACAGAUUUUAAACACAACCUUAUACAGAGUGACAGAUGAGCCAUCUGUGGACAAUCACCUUGACCUAAGGAAGGAAGGUGAAAUUGAUCCUGAUGCUACCUAUCCCAUCGAAAAUAGCUAUGAGACUGACCUUUAUGAUUAUUAUUAUUAUUAUGAGGAUCUUAAUACAAUGCUCGAAAUGGAGAAUCUGAGAGGGCCAAAAGGGGACACUGGACCUCCCGGUCCCCCUGGUCCAGCAGGCAUCCCAGGCCCAUCAGGAAGGAGAGGUCCACGGGGCAUACCAGGGCCACAUGGAAAUCCUGGGUUACCUGGAUUACCAGGUCCAAAGGGCCCCAAAGGAGAUCCAGGACUUUCCCCUGGUCAAGCUGUUCCUGGAAAAAAGGGCAGUCAAGGCCUUUCUGGAUUAAUGGGCCCCCCUGGUAUGCAAGGUGAUAAGGGUCUCAAAGGCCAUCCGGGGCUCCCAGGUCUCCGAGGUGAACCAGGAAUUCCAGGAUUCACUGGUAAUAUUGGUUCACGUGGUUACCCUGGAAGGCAGGGUGUAGCUGGACCAGAAGGUAAUCCAGGUCCUAAAGGUAUACGAGGUUUUAUUGGCUCUCCUGGAGAAGUAGGACAACUGGGACCUGAAGGAGAAAGAGGUGUUCCUGGGAUCCGGGGAAAGAAGGGUCUUAAGGGAAGACAGGGUUUUCCAGGUGACUUUGGAGACAGAGGCCCUGCUGGCCCUGAUGGCAGUCCUGGACUUGUAGGUAACAUUGGCCCUCCAGGAUUUCCUGGGCUUAGAGGCAGUGUUGGCCCUACUGGACCAUUUGGACCUUCUGGAAUUCCUGGCCCUGUGGGUCUUUCCGGGAAUAAGGGCCUACCUGGAAUCAAAGGUGAUAAGGGUGAGCAAGGCAUUGCAGGAGAGCCAGGAGAACCAGGGUAUCCUGGAGACAAGGGUGCUGUUGGUGUUCCAGGACCACCAGGGAUGAGAGGAAAGCCAGGACCUUCAGGCCAAAUGGGUGACCCAGGACCCCAAGGACCAUGUGGCCCUCCAGGACCAGAGGGUUUUCCAGGAGAUAUUGGGAUUCCUGGACAAAAUGGCCCUGAAGGAUCUAAGGGACUCCUUGGAAAUAGGGGACCUCCAGGACCUCCUGGUCUCAAAGGACCUCAGGGAGAAGAAGGACCAGUUGGACUCUUUGGAGAACUGGGACCAAGAGGAAAACCAGGUCAAAAGGGGUAUGCAGGUGAACCAGGACCAGAAGGCUUAAAGGGAGAAGUAGGAGAUCAAGGAAACGUUGGAAAGAUUGGUGAAACAGGACCUGUCGGUUUACCUGGAGAAGUUGGGAUUACUGGAAGCAUUGGUGAAAAGGGAGAACGUGGAAGUCCAGGUCCACAAGGUCCCCAGGGGGAAAAGGGUGUCAUGGGAUAUCCAGGUCCUCCUGGGGAUCCAGGACCCAUUGGUGCCCUGGGAUUACCUGGUCAUGUGGGAGCAAGAGGACCACCUGGAAGUCAAGGUCCUAAAGGACAAAGAGGACCAAGAGGACCAGAUGGUCUCAUAGGGGAACAAGGUAUACAAGGUUCCAAGGGUGAAAAAGGAGAUCAAGGAAAAAGAGGGCCUUAUGGUCUUACUGGUAAGACUGGAAACCCUGGAGAGAGAGGAAUUCAAGGGAAACCAGGUUUGCAAGGACCCCCUGGGAGUACAGGAGACAGAGGACUUGAAGGAGAACCAGGACCACGAGGAUUGCCAGGUGAUGCGGGACCUCCUGGAGAAACGGGUGCUGAGGGCCCUUCAGGUAUUGAGGGAGAAGCAGGUCUGCAAGGUGAACCAGGUGCAAAGGGAAAUGCUGGACCUACAGGCAAUGUUGGAGUUGCUGGAGAACCAGGGUUACGGGGUGAACCAGGAGCACCUGGAGAAGAAGGUCUCCAAGGAAAAGAUGGAUUAAAGGGAAACCCAGGAGGAAGGGGUCUUCCUGGAGAAGAUGGAGAAAAAGGAGAGACGGGCUUACCGGGGGCUUCAGGACCCUUGGGUGGACCAGGUCUGAUGGGUCCUCCGGGAUCUGAAGGAAUUGUGGGAAUUCCAGGGCAAAGAGGUCGCCCAGGCAAAAAGGGUGAAAAAGGACAAAUAGGGCCCACCGGAGAAAUUGGAAGCAGAGGUGCUCCCGGACAAAUUGGGGAAAGUGGUCCUAAGGGUGCCAGAGGAACGAGAGGUGCUGUGGGACAUUUAGGAUUGAUGGGACUUGAUGGAGAACCAGGAAUUCCAGGAUAUAGGGGCCACCAGGGCCAGCCAGGCCUUUCUGGGCUGCCAGGACCUAAAGGAGAAAAGGGUUAUCCAGGAGAAGAUAGCACAGUGCUAGGACCACCUGGGCCUCGAGGUGAACCAGGUCCUGUGGGGGAACAAGGAGAGAGAGGAGAGCCUGGAGCAGAGGGCUAUAAGGGUCACAUGGGUAUACCAGGACCAAGAGGUGCUACUGGACAACAAGGGCCCCCAGGUGAGCCAGGUGACCAGGGUGAACAAGGACUAAAAGGAGAGAGAGGAUCUGAAGGUCCUAAAGGGAAAAAAGGCACUCCUGGCCCUGCUGGGAAACCUGGGAUUCCUGGUCUUCCAGGCCUACCUGGGCCAAAAGGCAUGCAAGGAUACCAUGGAGCCGAUGGCAUUUCAGGAAACUCUGGAAAAGUUGGGCUACCAGGAAAACAGGGACUUCCUGGCACCAGAGGCAGCCCAGGAAGAGCAGGACCAGCUGGGUCUCCAGGUCCUCGAGGAGCCAAGGGGCCAUCAGGCCUUCCAGGAAGCCCAGGGGUUCCAGGCCCAAAGGGCGAACAAGGACUACCUGGACAACCUGGAAUUCAAGGUAAAAGAGGCCACGGAGGAGCACAAGGUGAUCAAGGACCACGUGGAGAGCCUGGCCUUAAAGGGCAGCCUGGAGAACAUGGUGUCCAAGGUUUGACAGGUUUCCAAGGAUUCCCAGGCCCCAGGGGUCCUGAGGGAGAUGCUGGCAUCAUUGGAAUAUCAGGUCCUAAAGGUCCCGUUGGACAGAGAGGAAACACUGGCCCCUUUGGCAAAGAAGGUAUAAUAGGCCCAACAGGUAGAACUGGACCCAGAGGUGAAAAAGGCUUUAGAGGUGAAACUGGUCCCCAAGGGCCAAGAGGUCAACCAGGGCCUCCAGGUCCACCUGGAGCACCUGGCCCAAGAAAACAAAUGGAUAUCAAUGCUGCUAUUCAAGCCUUGAUUGAAUCACAUGCUGCCCUACAGAUGGAGAACUACCAAAAUACUGAAGUGACUCUAAUUGACUACGGUGCAGAGAUAUCCAAAACCCUGAACUACCUUAGCAAUUUACUGCACAGCAUCAAGAAUCCUCUUGGCACACGAGAUAACCCAGCACGAAUCUGCAGAGAUUUGCUUAACUGUGAACACAAAGUAUCAGAUGGAAAAUACUGGAUUGAUCCAAAUCUUGGAUGCCCUUCAGAUGCCAUUGAGGUUUUCUGCAAUUUCAGUGCUGGUGGUCAGACAUGUUUAUCUCCUGUUUCUGUAACAAAGUUGGAGUUUGGAGUUGGAAAAGUCCAGAUGAACUUCCUUCACUUACUGAGCUCAGAAGCCACCCAUAUCAUCACUAUUCACUGUCUAAACACACCAGUGUGGAGAAGUGCUCAGUCAAGUGGCUCAGGAUUACCUAUUGGCUUCAAGGGAUGGAAUGGCCAGAUUUUUGAAGAAAACACUCUACUUGAACCUAAGGUGCUUUCAGAUGACUGCAAGAUUCAAGAUGGCAGCUGGCAUAAGGCAAAAUUCCUUUUUCACACCCAGGACCCUAAUCAGCUUCCAGUAAUUGAAGUACAAAAACUUCCUCAUCUCAAAACUGAAAGGAAGUACUACAUUGAAAGCAGUUCUGUAUGCUUUCUCUAAGGUUUCUGAAUUAGUUCAGAAUUCUUGCUGUUGGCCAGGUAAUUGCUGCAGAGGGAAAAAUAUAGACAGAAAGAUACUAUCAUUGUGAAAUGCAUGGAAUAAAGCAUUGGCUAAAUCUUAAAGAAUCUCAGGAAGAAAAGAUUUCCUCCUAAGAAGGAGAAAAGGCAUUUUUAAAGGACUAUAAUUGAUAAAGUAUUUAAUUCUUUUAAAAAUUAUAUUGAUCUGUGCUUUCUUAGAGAAUUCCCUAGAACUGAAAAUUUAUAAACAUGGAAUUCUUCAGGGUAUCCUAUAUUUUUUGACUGAGAGCAAAGUACCCAUUAGACAGCUGGAGCUGCAGAGCACUAUGGAAGCAAUACUGGCUAAUGCUCCCAAAUGUGCAAUGCUUCUGUCUAAAAAUUACAAGCCACAGUCUAAUAUGUCUUAUUUUCCCAAAUACUAAGCUGUAUUCAGGUCCCCGAUGGGCAUAUACAUCUUAGCCGGUGGUACACUACCUCUUACGUGUUGCCUUUUUGUGUUGCUUGGUGCUCUUUCUAAAACAAGGUGCUUGUGGCUUUCAUAGACUAUUUUAUUUCUUUUUUCGUCUUUGUCAUUCUUUAAGAGUGUAUGUACUGGUUACAUCAAGACAUGUUUUGGUUGUUAGUACUUAUUUUAAUUUGUUUGGUCACAUACUUAAUAACAAGUGGAACAUUAUUUAUGUGAAGUCCUUGUUCUAUUUUAAAAUUCUCUUUGUGGAUAUAGAAGCAAAGCCAGCGCACUGUAACCUGUGCUUAUGCACAAGAGAAUUGGGAGGUUUCUUUUGUUUUUAUUUUUUAAAUUGUUGUAAAAAAUAUUACAAGCCAGCUACAUCCAGUAGUAGGUUUGGGUUACAGUUUGGGGUUGUGAUAUACUAUUUUUAAAAAUCCAUGAUCAUCUGGAAUGAUACUAUGUAUAUAUAUAUUUUGUAAAGUUUUAAUUCAGCAAAUCUUUUGAAAUUGCUGCUGUUUUAAAUUAUAAAAACCAUUAUUUCUGCUUCGUAGGAAUUACAUGUCUUGUAGUAUUCAUUGACUUUAUUUCAUUAUUCUUAAAUUUAAUGUGUUGGGAUCUAAAAGAAUUCAAUUUACCAGUCUUUAAAGCAACAUUCAGGAAAAAAAAAAGUCUUUAGUCAUUUAAAAUAGGCUCAGCCAUUCAGAUUUCCCUUGUUGUCAGAGAAAUGUUAGAUCAGUAUUAAAAGAGAAAUAUUAUACCUUUUGGUAUAUAGAAAAGCUUAUACAUUCAUUAUAAACAUAUCUUUAGCCACAGCAAACCAUACUUACUUAUCUAUAAUAAAAAAUAUGCUUUAAAUCUU